GUUUCCGUUUCGUGGGGCUCGAGGCUCGAGGGGCCUCUGUGCGCCACAGUUGCCUGGGGCCUUCUGGGAGCUACAAAAGAAGCGAGGUUUCCCCCGAGCCAGAGGAAUUCCGGGUGGCGACUCCGGGCCAGGAUCAGAAGAACCAGCGCCUUCCUGGGGCCCGCGGAGGCUCGCGCGUGUCCAGGGGCCGGGCGAGGCUAAGCGGGCGCCCCCGGGGCUGCAGGCCCCCGGGCGGGCAGCCUGGGAAGGAGAGAGGUGCGUGCGUGCAAAAAGCGGAUCCCAGCAGCCCUGCGGAUGCUCUUGGCCCGCCCUUGGAUCACCGGUGGUUCCUGGCCCUUUCUUGAGAACGCCUGGAAAUGGACAGUACCCAGAGAUCAAUCUCCUUCAAGGAUUUGGCUGUGGACUUCACCCGUGAGGAGUGGCAACGUCUGGGCCCUGCGCAGCGUCUCCUCUACAGGGAUGUGAUGCUGGAGAACUACAGUAACCUCAUCGCGGUGGGGCUUCAUGUAAGCAAACCAGAUGUGAUCUUAAAACUGGAGCAAGGAAAAGAGCCCUGGGUAGUGGAAAACUCGUCACGACAGAACCACGCAGAAGAUGAUGAGCCCUUAGAGAAGGACAAGAAAACACAAGGCAAACAUUUGAAGCAGUUUUCAGUCGUCAAUAACAAACUGAUGCCAGAAAAGGCUAAUCUGUCUGAGAAAACGGUUCCCCUUGACACGAAUAGUGUUUCUUCGGGAAAAACGCUCCAUAAAUAUGACCCAGGCGGAAAUGGCUUAGAAAAUAACUCAGAAGAAACUGUUGCAAAGCCAAGCAAAGCCAAUGGGAAGGCAGCUGCUGAUCAGGAUGGGCAAGGGAAGCCAGCUCUGCACACCAAGGCUGACAGAAGUCACUCUGCGGCAAAGCGGUACAGACAUAAUGAAAUUAGGAAUGUCAAGGGUCAAGGUGAGGGUCUCACUCAACAACAGAAUAUGCAGUCUGCAGGUCAGCCCUCCAAGCAUCGUGACGGUGAACAGGAGUCAGCCGGCACUGCGAGGACGGAGGAGCAGCCUGAGCGGAAGCGGAAUGAAUGCGCCGAGUGUAGGAAGACCUUUUCUAAGAGGUCCACUCUCAUUGUCCACCUGAGAAUCCAUACCGGAGAGAGACCCUACGCCUGCAAUUACUGUAGGAAAACUUUCCGUAUAAAGGCGAGCCUCACUCGACACCAGCGGAUUCACACCGGAGAGAGGCCUUACAAGUGCAAGGAGUGUGGCAAAGCCUUCAUCGACAAGUCCGCCCUCAUCGUGCAUCAGCGGAUUCACGGAGGAGAGAAGUCCUACGAGUGUAACGAGUGUGGCAAGACCUUCUUCCGGAAGUCAGCCCUGGCUGAGCACUUCCGGUCCCACACCGGGGAGAAGCCUUACAAAUGCAAGGAGUGUGGCAACGCCUUUGGCAAGAAGUCGUACCUCAUCGUGCACCAAAGAACUCACCGGGGCGAGAAGCCCAACGAGUGUAAGGAGUGUGGGAAGACCUUCUUCUGUCUGUCCGCCCUGACCGCGCACCAGAGGAUCCACACGGGGGAGAAGCCCUACGAGUGCAAGGAGUGUGAUAAGACCUUCUUCUGUCAGUCGGCCCUCAACGUGCAUCUGAGAAGUCACACCGGCGAGAAGCCCUACAAGUGCCGCCUGUGUGGGAAGUACCUGUGCACCAAGUCUGCCCUGGUGGCGCAUCAGGUGAUUCACAGAGGGAAGAAGACCUUCGAAUGUCCCGAGUGUGGGAAGCUUUUCUACCUGAAGUCCACGCUCACCAUCCAUCAGAGAACUCACACCGGAGAGAAGCAUGGCGUGCUUAGUAAGUGGAGCCGAGCAUCCGCUGGGAAGCCCAACUGCGGCGAGCAGAAGAGGGCGGAGGCCAAGGACAACGUGCACGAGUGUCACGACCACAAGCGGCCAGCCCACAAGAGCUCCCGCCGCUUCGCGCACAAGAGAACCAUAUGGGAGAGACCUUACGAGUGUGAGGAGUGUGGGCGGACCUACUGCAGGAAGUCAGCUCUCAGGCACCACCAGAAGACGCACACGGGCGAGCGGCCGUACGAGUGUAAGGAGUGUGGGAAGACCUUCUGCCAGAAGGUCUCCUUCACGGAGCACCAGCGGACUCACACCGGCGAGAAGCCGCACAAGUGCAAGGAGUGUGGGAAGUCCUUCCGCCACAAGUCGGCCUUCACCGUGCACAAGAGGAUCCACACCGGGGAGAAACCGUACGCCUGCAACGAAUGUGGCAAGAGCUACCGCCGCCUCUGGACGCUGACUGAACACCAGAAAAUACACACGGGCGAGAAACCCUACGAAUGUAACAUGUGUAAGAAAUCAUUUCGCCACAAAUCGAACUUCCUCUUACAUCAGAAAACUCACAAGAAGUAAAUUCCAGCCGGGCAACAGAGAGCUUACGAGGUGCCCAAAUCCUGAAUUACACAGUAAGGUGGAAGGCCUUGUCAGCACGGGGACUACUGAAGAGUUUCUGCCGGAGUCAGAGGGCUUCCACGGACGACGUGGAACUCUCAUUGUUAACUGUGAAGACAUCCGGCAUUUCAGACAUUACACCAGGUGUGCCUGCCUCCCUUUCAAACCACGGAACAAACACUAAUUCCUACCUGAUCUCCCUCCAGUUGAUUUGCAUAGCGUAUGUUGCGGGCCAUGAGGAGCCAGUGUGGAUUCCAGAUCAUUACCAGUUGUUCCUGGGAUAACUGGGCAGUGUCUGUUUAUGAGUUUACAGUAUUAACAGCUCAGACUACAUAGCCUGUUUGUCCCCUGUCGCUGCUGUCUAGUGACAGGCCCUAAUCCCUUCAUCUGCAAAGGUGAGUCAGACGAGCCACCCUUCACUUCCCUACCUGUAGCGACUCCCACACAGCAGUAAGCAUUUGCUAAAGCCGAGUCAUUGGUGUUUUCUAAUGAGAGGCACAAGGUGGCUUGGAAGUGCCUCCUUGAGCUUCCAUGUAAGCCAAGAAAACAGUGACCGCAGUUACCAUAGCAAAACCAAAAAUGAAUCGAGCAGAUUUGAAUAGUGAAGAGGAUUUGGGGAGUGUUUGAGUCAAAACAGUGUCUGUGUUGUUUGUGUUUUAAAUACCUCUGUUGUAUUAGUGGUUUGAUUAUGUCAGUGUUUUCAAAAAUAUCUUGAUUUAUUUUUUAAAUGAACAUGUCCAUAGGGGUAUGAUUUAGAAUUUACCUGUCAGCUUCUGAGAAAACGUCUCCAUAGUGCCAAAUAGAAUCACGUAGUGUGGAUACGUGUGCAUCUAGCCAGAAUGUCUGCCAUUCGUGGUGGGUCAAUGUCAGGUCCUGGGAGCCAGCCCUGUUCUCUGAUGUGCUGUGCUUUUCCUAGGACAAUGAAGUGAGAAGGGCCACUGGGUAUCUUGUCAUGGGCCUUGCCUGUGGUUAAGCUGGCAGAUCAGCCCUUGGCGUGGCUGCCGUAAGUUGUGUUGUCCAGCUUAGUCUUGAUAAUGAGUGUCACUCUGACCUGUCUGCUGCCUCCCUCCGCUUGUGGUGUUGGGCUCUUAGGUAAGAAAAGCUGCCCCUUGUUUGAGACCCAUCAGAAAUCCCAGUAUGAACAAGAUUAUCUGUUUAUUCAGUUUGUAUUUUAUAUCCUUCAGUAAGGUAAAUACAUAUUUGUGAAUGCACAUGUAUUCGAUAUAUACUAAUAUAUGCUGAAGCAGGAAUAUAUGUAUAUAUCAAUAGUAGUCUCUUUCUGAACAUUUUAAUAAUUACUUAAAAGAUUUGGGUUUGCUGUUGCAAAUACAGUUUUACCAUCUGCUUUUAAAAUUACUGAUAGAGGCCUGACAAGGAUCAGCAAGCAAAGGUGCUUGCUGGCGAGCCCGACAACCCGAGUUCAGACCUUCCGUCUCACAUAAUGGAGAGAACUGAUUUUCUUACACGCUACCCUGAUUUCCACAAGUGUGAUAUAACAUGCACACACACGACAAAUACAUACAUACAUAUAUACAUACACACAUAAAUAAAUAAUAAAUCAAUAAGAUUUAAAGUGUUUUUAAAACUCACUGAUCAGGAUUCUUAAGCAUUUUUACCACACUUGUCAAGAUGCAUCCCUUAUACUUAUUUUUCUUCACUUGGUCUUAGAAAACUCCCAGCUCCUUGUAGAGGAUGUUGGUGAGCUGUCUUGUGGAGGUAGGUUUUGCUCUUUGAAGAUCUGUACCCUAGCUGUCUAAUUGUGCCUUCUGCUUGCCGCUGGGUUAUGAAACAAAUCACAAUCUUGUGAUUACGGAAUUGUUUCCCAAUAUUGGUUUGACCAAGGAAGAGAGUUUUUUCAAGUCUGGUGAGAAAUAUUUAAGUCCAUAAAGGGAAGGUCAGAGCCCCAAUCACAGAAAGUCACAAGACACAUCAGAGUGACACUUGAGGGUCCAGUGAGAGGACUCCACUUGUUCUGCAAGCCAGCAACCCGGGACACCUUAUAAAUGUGGACAGUAAGACUCGGCUCCGCAGGGCUGACCUCUGACUGUACGUGGGCUGCUGUCCCAAGCACACAGACAACAGUGCAGUUUUUAAAGUUGUUUUAAAAAGAAAUAACUUGAAGACACGUAAAAAAAAUCUAAAGCAACUAAAUGGAAGAGAAUCCUUAAAAGCAGCUGAAGGGAAUGGCGACAUGGAGGUCUGUGGACUUCCUACAGCUGCCACAAGAACCCAUCACACUGAUCAGAAGCGCGUGACGGUUCUCAGCUCACCUGUCAGGCCCAGUGCUGCAAGCCUGCUCCCUUCUGACCGCUGGAGGCCGGCUGGGCUUCUCCCGUGUGGUCUUCCUACAGCUUGUGGCAACGCAACUUCAGGUUUUGCAUCUGUCCUCACUGCGCCUGUUCCUCCUCACGGCGCAUGUCUGUCGUCUCUGCGGAUGUCUGUCUACGUUUCCAUUUUAUCAGGACAUGUCUGAUCAAGGUCCCACCUUACUCAUACGUGACCUCAUGUUGAUUGGCAUCUGUAAAAGCCUUAUUCCAUAAGGUCACAUUGAAAGUAUUAGAGGCUGGAGGGACAUUAUUGGUACCCUAAGACCUACCACAUGUUUACCAGAUUAAAAUGACAGUAGAUAUUU